UUUCCAUAAUUCUUUCUCCAUGAGAAUUAGCUGUGCUUCUUCUUUCUUAGAAUGAACCAAUAUUAUCCAAAAUUUCUUUUUUCUUACCUGUUAUUAACCAUAUUUUCUUGUAAUCAAUCAGUUGCAGAAACUGAUUUUGUCUUCAAUGGCUUUACACAAUCAGAUGUGUCAAUUUUUGGGAAUGCUACAAUUGAAUCUAGGAUACUUACUCUUUCAAAUGACUCAACUUUCUCAAUUGGUAGAGCUCUGUACCAUUCAAAGAUUGCCACAAAAGAAGUCAACUCAUCCAAAGUUCUUCCCUUUUCAACUUCUUUCAUUUUUGCAAUGGCUCCCUACAAAGACAGGCUACCAGGACAUGGCAUAGUUUUUUUGUUUGUGCCACACACAGGUAUUGAUGGUACUACUUCUGCACAGAAUUUAGGUUUCUUGAAUUUUACAAACAAUGGGAAUCCCAAUAAUCAUGUCUUUGGGGUUGAGUUUGAUGUUUUCAAGAAUCAAGAAUUCAAUGACAUAAAUGAAAACCAUGUUGGAAUUGAUGUCAAUUCUCUUGCAUCAGUGUUUGCUCAUGAAGCAGGAUAUUGGCCUGAUGAGAACACUAAGUAUAAUAGUGAUGGUAGCCUAAAUGAGGAGUCUUUAGAGACUUUAAAGUUGAAUAAUGGAAGAAAUUACCAAGUUUGGGUUGAUUAUGAAGAUUUCAACAUUAGUGUAACUAUGGCACCAGUUGGUAUGAAAAGGCCUAAGCAACCCUUGUUGGAUUUUCCUCUAAAUCUCUCUCUGGUUUUUGAGGAAGAGAUGUAUGUGGGGUUUACAGCAUCCACUGGAGAUCUUGCUCAAAGUCACAAGAUUUUAUCUUGGAGUUUUAGUAACUCGAAUUUUUCGAUAGGUGAUGCUUUGAUUACAUAUGGGCUGCCUUCAUUUGAGCUUCCUGAGGAUCCAGUUUAUCGAUCGAAGGGAUUCAUUGCAGGUAUGACAGUGUCACUCUUGUUUCUUGUUAUGGCCAGUGCAGUAGCUUCAUGGUUUCUGAUUAAGAGAAAUAGGAGAAUAAAAAGGGAAAGAGAGGAUAUGGAAGAUUGGGAAUUGGAAUAUUGGCCACAUAGGAUUACUUAUCAAGAAAUUGAUGCUGCAACAAAGGGUUUUGCCGAUGAAAAUGUGAUUGGAGUUGGAGGUAAUGGGAAGGUUUAUAAAGGGGUUUUGGCUGGGGGUUCAGAGGUUGCAAUAAAGCGCAUUUCUCACCAAAACAGUGAAGGGGCAAGGCAAUUCUUGGCUGAGAUUUCAAGUCUUGGUAGGCUAAAGCAAAGAAAUUUGGUGUCAUUAAGAGGGUGGUGCAAGAAAGACAGAGGCAGCCUGAUUUUGGUUUAUGAUUACAUGGAAAAUGGGAGCUUGGAUAAAAGGUUGUUUGAAUCUGAUGAAAGAAACAUGCUGAGUUUUGAAGACAGAAUUAGGAUUUUAAAAGAUGUGGCAUCAGGGGUUCUAUACUUGCAUGAGGGAUGGGAGGCAAAAGUGUUGCAUAGGGACAUUAAGGCUAGCAAUGUUUUACUUGACAAGGACAUGAAUGCAAGGCUAGGUGAUUUUGGUCUAGCCAAAAUGCAUGAUCAUAGUCAAGUAGCUAGCACGACUCGAGUUGUUGGCACCGUGGGAUACUUGGCGCCAGAGUUCGUCAAGACUGGACGUGCCUCCACACAAACCGAUGUGUUUGGAUAUGGAGUUCUAAUUAUGGAGGUGAUGUGUGGAAGGAGGCCUAUAGAGGAUGAAGGCAAGCCACCUUUAGUGGAUUGGCUGUGGGAACUACUGAGACGAGGUGAAUUGUUUAAAGCCUUUGAUAGUCGAUUAAGGACUCAUCAAGAUUUCAGUGAAGAGGAAGCCUUAAGGGUAUUGCAAUUAGGCAUGAUAUGCACGAGCCUAGACGCCAAAGCUAGGCCAAGCAUGAGACAAGUGGUGAAAUUCUUUGACAGGAAUAGUGAUGUUGAUGAAUAUGAAACUGAGGAUAUGGAUGCUUACCUUCUGGAGAGUUUGAGAUCUAAUACCAUGUUGUCCAAUUUUUCCUUGAGUUUAAGCCAUGGUUCACAUCCAACAUUUGAAGAAAUUAGAGAAGGUUUGUCUUCUUCCAUGUCAAUUUCUUGGACAAAUUCUCUGGUGGAUGGUAGAUGAGUUUAACAUUUGGUUGGUUUUUGUCCAUCACUCUGCUUUAACUUUUGUUAACCUUCAUCUCCUAUACUUCCAGGGCCAAGCUUUGAUUGAAUUGGCAUUUGCCAAUGCUGCUUCAUGUAUCUUUUUUAUAUGAUGGGGUAGGAAAAAGGAUAGGCUAGGAGAUAAUGUAUUCAUUUCUUUUUUUGUACCUUGAUACUAGUUGUAGUGGAAGAGUUUGUUCUC